GUCUGCCCCCACAGGAGUGCAAGCGCUUUCACGUCCUCGCGGUCUGCCGGCCGGAUUUUGGAGUCGUAGAACCGGUGCUCCGGGGAUAAUGAGUGAAGAUCAAUGUUCAACACCAUCAUACCCUCAGUACGAAUCAACAAGCUCCAAAACCUAGGCCUCUGCACCUUCAUCUGCAACUGGAUCCUUGACUACCUCAUUGGGAGACCACAGUCUAUGCGGCUCCUCAAUUUGAAACACAGUGUCAGUACAUCCAGGCCACACUGCAGGAGUUUUUAGUCUGGCUUCAUGGUGAUACCAAUUCUUCACCUGGACUUUUCCUCUCAUACCCUCGUUCCCAGUAUUGGGCCUACGCAGACUACAAGUACAUUGCCAAGAUGUUUGAAAAUAAAGCUGAGCUCUUUCAGUAGGAUAUAAUCUGGUCUGACUUUGGGUUCCCUGGGAGAGAUGGACGAGACAGCACUCUAUGGAUUGGCAGUGAAGCAGCCAACACCCCCUGUCACCUUGAUUCUUAUGGAUGCAAUCUGGUGUUACAAGUACAAGGAAGAGGUACCGGACUGAUGAUGCUAAUGAGAGAGGACCAGAGGCUCACAGGGUGUAAAGGUACGAUCGGUGGGAACCUGGGGUGUGUGUCCACCCUUGCCUGGGUGCCGGGUUCACCGCGGAAGAACGAUCAUAUCCGGAACGAAGGGGUCACAAUCGGUGACCACAGCGGGAUAGAAGACAUCAAAAGGUCUGCCUGAAACCAAAUUGCAUCUCUCUCUCUCUCCCCCCAACGGUACGACAACAGCGAUUACUGUGAACUGCACUAAACUGAACUGAACUCUGCUUCACUUAAGACUGAUCAUUUUACCCCUAGACUGCGAUAGAGCUUGGUUGAUUCCUAUUACUCUAGUUCUGUGUAUAUGUGUGUAUUAUCAUUGCCUACCUGUUACAUUUAUAUCCUUACGAUUAGUGUACUAUAUUACUUAUUUCUUUAAUAAAACUUUAUUAGUUCCUAGCAAUCCAGACUCCAAUGAGCGUUCCAUUUCUGCUGGUUUGGCAACCCAGUUACGGGGUACGUAACAUAAGUGGGGAUCUCGUCCAGGAUUUUGAACGCCAAGUUUGGGACUGGGUAAAUUGAUUGGGUUAAAAUUCCCGAAAGAGAGAAAGAAAGGGCAAACAGCAGAAAUGGAGAUUGAGGAAUUUCUAAAGGCGCCAACCUUGGAGGCAUUAGAGAAUGCCAGGAAAUCAGAAUUGGCGACUGUUGCGAAACGGUUGAAUCUUUGUAAGGGGAAGCCGACAAUGAGGAGAGCGGAGAUGCACAGAGCUAUCACUGAGCAUUAUAUAUGUAGCGGUGUGUUUCCCCACGGGGAGCUGGAGGUGGUGUCUAUGAGCAAACCUGGUGGAGAAGCAGUGCAGCUGCAGACGGAAAAAUUGAGACUCGAGCACAAGUUCCAAGCCAAGCGAUUAGAACGAGAAGAAAGAGAGAAGCAAUUAGAACAAGAAGAGAAGCAGUUAGAAGGGGAAGAGAGAGUAAGGCAGUUAGAACGAGAAGAGAGAGAGAAGGAAAGGGAGUUUGAGCUGGAGAAGUUAAAGAUGACGCUGGAGAGGGGCCAAAUGCCAAACCAAGGUGGAGGGUUCAGGGCGACUCAGGAGGUUAGGUUGGUUCCCCCAUUUGAGGAAGCCGAUGUUGAUCGGUACUUCCUACAUUUUGAAAAAGUCGCUGCAAGUCAGGACUGGCCGAGGAAUAAGUGAGCUGUUUUAUUUCAGAGCGUACUUAAGGGGAAGGCUGAGCAAGCUGACUCGGCAUUGUCCGCAGAAGAUGCCCAGAGGUAUGAUGUAGUGAAAGAGGCUAUACUCAGGAUUUACGAGUUGGUCCCGGAGGCAUACCGGCAAAGGUUCCGGAAUGUGAGGAAGCAGUGGGGCCGCACGUAUUUAGAGUUUGCCCGUGAGAUGCAGAUGUAUUGUGAGCGUUGGUGCACCUCGAAAGGGGUCACUGGGAAUUAUGACAGACUGCUACAGCUAAUACUGAUUGAGCAAUUUAUAGGUUGUGUCCCUGAAGGUAUGAGGCCCUAUCUAGAUGAGAAAGAGGCAGAAACCUUAGCCGCAACUGCUAAGUUAGCGAAUGAAUACGCAUUGACACACAAAGCAAAGUUUACCCCGAGUAAGAACUAGCAGAAGGGUAGUCGAAAGGGCGGAGAAAGUCCGCCGGAAAAGCCAGAAAGUAAGCCGAGGACUAGUGAGAAGGAUAAGGAAGACAGGAAGCAGUUUGGUAGGAAGUCUCCUGGGGUCGUAUGCUAUAAUUGUGGGAAAGCCGGUUACAUUGCGUCCAGGUGUUUUGCCCCAAAGAAGGAGACAGGGAAAGGAAAAAUGACGACUCCAACUGGCUGUAUUGAGCCGGCAAACAAACCGCUAGGGGAGAAGAGGCCUGAUAGAGUUCAGGAAGGGCACGAGAAGUUCAUUUCAGCCAGAUUGGUGUCGGUGAAGGAGGGUCAAACCCAUUUCCAGUACGGAUCUGGAGAGAUACUGGGGCUUGUCAGUCAUUGAUCUUAAGGAGGGUGUUAGACUUUAGUUCAGAGACCGAGACUGGGGAAGUCAGUGUGAUAAAAGGCAUUGGGAAAGGGACUUAAGCAGUACCUUUGCACCAGAUACACCUAAAAGGUGACUUGGUCUCUGGACCGGUCACGAUAGGGGUGAGGCCCGAAUUACCAAUGGAAGACGUGGAGGUCUUACUCGGUAACGACCUUGCGGGUGGAGAUGUGUACUCAGCAGUAAAGCUGACAAGCAAGCCUGCCAGGACUGAGGACCCGCCCAUGGACUCACAGGUUUAUCCCAUUUGCGCAGUGACUCGGCGCAUAUCCAGAAAGGCUGCCGAAGCGAAUGUAGAUUUAGCUGAGAUGUUUUUACCAGCCUUGUACCAGGGGUGGGGGGAGGGGGGUUAGAAAGCGAGAAACAGGUGCAUAGUGGAGCGGAAGGAAGUGAGGGAGUUGAGGUAGAUUUAUCAUUAGCGCACAGGAACGAGACGAGGAGCUGAUGGUUUUGACGGAGACAGCUCUCUCCGAAGCAGAAAUAAAAAGGGAACCAGUGGGCUAUUAUGUGGAGGAGGGAGUACUGAUGAGGAAGUGGAGACCAGGUACCGUGCCCGCAGAUGAGGAGUGGGUGGUGGUACACCUGGUGGUAGUGCUGAAAAUUUAUAGGGACGAGAUUUUUAACCUGGCCCACAAGAUACCCCUCGGUGGACAUUUUGGGGUGAGGAAAACAGUCGAUAGAAUUAUGAAAGAGUUUUACUGGCCGAACAUGAGGAAGGAUAUUAUUGAAUGUUGUAGACGGUGUCAUUUAUGUCAGGUGGUAGGAAAGCCGAAUCAGGUCCUGCCUAAAGCGCCCCUUCGAUGGAUACCCGCUUUCAGGGAAGCUUUUUCCCAAAUAAUUGUGGAUUUUGUCAGUCCCCUGCCCAGAACUGAGUGGGCGAGAGUAUGUGAUGACUAUGAUGUGCGCCACCACCAGGAUUCCGGAGGCUGUGCCCCUGGCAAGCACCAAGGCUCCUGCAGUGGUAAAGGCGCUUGUGAAAUUUUUCACUACAGUGGGGCUGCCCAGGGAAAUCCAGUCAGAUCAGGGGAGUGUCUUCACAUCUCACAGAUUCCGACGGAUGUUGGGUGAGAUGGGAGCAAAGCAGAUUUUGGCCUCCGCGUACCACCCAGAGUCCCAAGGGGUGUUGGAAAGAUUCCACGCAACAUUAAAGACCAUGAUUAAAAUUUAUUGUCAAGAGAAUGCUAGGGACUGGGAUGAUGCCUUGCCCCUUCUGGUAUUCGCUGUAAGGGACACGGUUCAGGAGUCAUUGGGGUUCAGCCCAUUCGAGCUGGUCUUCGGUCAUCGGCCCAGAGGACCCCUGACCUUACUGAAAGAGCAAUGGUCCAGUCCGGCAGUACAAGUCAAUGUGAUUGACUAUGUUUUAAAAUUUCAUGAGAGGCUUAAAAGGAUCUGUGACCUUGCCAAAGAAAGUCUACGACAAUCCCAAACUAAAAUGAAACAGUGGUGUGAUAGACGUGCCGCGAACAAGUGUUUCAAGUGGGCAAUGGGGUCUUAGUUCUGUUUCCAGUGGUAACCAACCCCCUCCAGGUGAGAUUCCACGGUCCAUACAAAGUGAUUAAAAAGAUAGACUCUUUGAAUUAUGUUAUCGAAACGCCAGACAGGCGUAAGCCAACCCAAUUAGUACACAUUAAUAUGUUAAAAGCUUACCACGAUCAGAAAGCAGAUCUAAUUGGUGUUAUCACGAAAAUUAAUGAGGCUGGGGUGCCAAAUGAUAAGGGGAAAACCCAUCUUGAAAAGAUAAAUAUGGUGCCGACCAGAUUGGAGAACUCUAUUCUAUUGUUUUGGCCAACUUUGCUGAUAAGGUCUCUCACUUUACCCCUGAACAGAGCGAGCCGCUGAUAAAGCUAAUUAACCGGCAUGCCGAUGUGUGUCCGGAUGUCCCGAGGCAAUGCAAGGGGACAGUACAUGAUGUUGUUGUCACCUCAGACCAGCCUAUUAAGCAACACCCCUAUAGGAUGAACUUGGAGAAGGGCAAGCUAGUGGAGAAAGAAAUUGAACACAUGCUAGCCACAGAUAUUAUUAGGCCAUCCAAAUCGGAAUGGGCGUCUCCCUGUGUGGUUGUCCCGAAAGUCGUUGGGAGCAUACGAUUCUGUACAGAUUACAGAAAAGUGAACGCCAUCACAAAAACUGAUGCUUACCCCAUCCCAAGGGUAGACGAUUGCAUCAAUAAAGUGGGGAGAGCUAAGUACAUCACAAAGGUCGGUUUGCUAAGAGGGUACUGGUGCCUUCCUUUAACUGACCGGGCUAGAGAAAUCUCAGCAUUUGUCACUCCAUCCGGGUUAUGCGAGUAUAAUGUUCUACCUUUUGGCAUGAAAAACGCCCCAGGGACCUUCCCAAGGAUGAUUAAAUCAGUGAUAAAAGGGUUAAAGAACACAGAAGCGUAUAUUGAUGAUUUGGUGGUCUGGAGUGACAUGUGGGAGGAGCACAUUGUGGCAGUAGGGGAGCUGUUUAAACGGCUGUCUGAAGCCAACCUGACAGUAAACCUCGCAAAAAGUGAGUUCAGCCACGCUCAGGUCACUUAUCUGGGAUAUGUGGUAGGACAGGGGCAGCUGGCACCAUUGCAGGCUAAGGUGCAGGCUAUCUCUAAAGUUCCCAUCCCAACGGACAAGAGAGCCCUGAGAAGGUUUUUGGGGAUGGUGGGGUACUAUCGGAAGUUUUGCAAAAACUUUGCGGAUAUUACCCUCCCUCUUACUAAGCUCUUGCCGAAGAAUGCGAAGUUUGUGUGGAAUGACCUUUGUCAACAAGCCUUCGAGAGUCUGAAGGCGAUUCUGUGUCACCACCCUGUAUUGAAUGCGCCUGACUUUUCAAAACCCUUCUCCCUAGCAACAGAUGCUAACGACGAAGCAGCCGGGGCGGUGCUGUUGCAGACAGACAAAGAGGAGAUUGACCACCCAGUGGCUUAUUUUUCUAAGAAGUUUAAUGUCUAUCAGAGAAAUUAUUCCACUGUGGAGAAGGAAUUACUGGCAAUCAUACUAGCAUUACAACAUUUGGAGGUUUAUAUUUGUCCGGCAUGGAAACCACUGGUAAUUUACACUGAUCACAAUCCAUUCGUGUUUUUGGCCACUAUGAAGGAUAAAAACAAACGCUUACUAAGUUGGAGCCUGGUCUUACAGGAAUUUGAUAUUAGAAUAAAACAUAUAAAAGGAACGGACAAUGUGAUUGCUGAUUGUCUGUCAAGGUGUUAAAACUUAAAGUUCUCUGUAUUAGUCGAAUAGCUGAUGACUACCUGUAUAGUAGUGUGUAUCUAAAAAUGUGCAUUCAUGCCCAUAAUUUUUACCCCAGUAAAAAUCCUUUUAAGGGUGGGGGUGUUAUGUGUGACGCCCAGCAGAGGUACCGGACUGAUGAUGCUAAUGAGAGAGAUAAGAAAGACAAUGGAGAAACAUUCAGAAAUGCUAAAAAGAGAGAAGAGAGGGAUUAACGGGAAAGAAACACAAUUCAGCUAUUGACAGACCGAUUGGUUUGAACCUGAACUGUUUGAAGUUUGAUGGGCAGGUGAUACCCCAGAAGGGGGAUAAAAGGAGCAGGUUUGCUAAGGCAGGCGACACACCACGAGACCCUGGGAAGAGCAGUGUGCCCCCCAUAAGUUGGUGGGAGUUUGGAUGUCCGGUUCGCAGGAACCGACAAGAGGCUCACAGGGUGUAAAGGUACGAUCGGUGGGAACCUGGGGUGUGUGUCCGCCCUUGCCUGGGUGCCAGGUUCACCGCGGAAGAACGAUCAUAUCUGGAAUGGAGGGGUCACGGUCGGUGACCACAGCGGGAUAGAAGACAUCAGAGGGUCUGCCUGAAACCAACUGCGAAGACAUCCAAAAGGUCUGCCUGAAACCAAAUUGCAUCUCUCUCUCUCUCUCUCUCUCUCUCUCUCUCUCCCUCUCCCUCUCCCCCCUCUCUCUCUCUCUCUCUCUAUAUCUCUAUCUCUAUCUAUCUCUCUCUAUCCCUCUCUCUCUAUCCCUCUCUCUCUAUCCCUCUCUCUCUAUCUCUAUCUCUCUCUCUCUCUAUCUCUCUCCCCCCAACGGUACGACAACAGCGAUUACUGCGAACUGCACUAAACUGAAGCGAACUCUGCUUCACUUAAGACUGAUCAUUUUACCCCUAGACUGCGAUAGCUUGGUUGAUUCCUAUUACCCUAGUUCUGUGUAUAUGUGUGUAUUAUCAUUGCCUACCUGUUACAUUUAUAUCCUUAUGAUUAGUGUACUGUAUUACUUAUUUCUUUAAUAAGACUUUAUUAGUUCCUAGUAAUCCAGACUCCAACGGGUGUUCCAUUUCUGCUGGUUUGGCAACCCAGUUACGGGGUACGUAACAGUAUACACUGGAGUUUAGAAGGAUGAGAGGGGAUCUGAUUGAAACAUCUAAGAUUAUUAAGGGAUUGGACACGCUAGAGGCAGGAAACAUGUUUCCGAUGUUGGGGGAGUCCAGAACCAGAGGCCACAAUUUGAGAAUAAGGGGUAGGCCAUUUAGAACGGAGUUGAGGAAAAACUUUUUCACCCGGAGAGUCGUGGAUCUGUGGAGUGCUGUGCCUCAGAAGGCAGUGGAGGCCAAUUCUCUGGAUGCUUUCAAGAAAGAGUUAGAUAGAGCUCUUAAUGAGGGCGGAGUCAAGGGAUAUGGGGAGAAGGCAGGAAUGGGGUACUGAUUGGAUGAUCAGCCAUGAUCACACUGAAUGGCGGUGCUGGCUCGAAGGGCCAAAUGGCCUACUCCUGCACCUAUUGUCUAUUGAACGGUACUGUAGCAUUAAAGCCAGGACCAACAGGCUCCAGGACAGCUUCUUCCACCAGGCCAUUAGUCUGAUUAAUUCACGCUGAUACAAUUGUAUUCCUAUGCUAUAUUGACUGUCCUGUUGUAUAUACUAUUUCUUACAAAUUACUAUAAAUUGCACAUUGCACAUUUAGGCGGAGACGUAAUAUAAAGAUUUUUAUUCCUUAUGUAUGUGAAGGAUGUAAGUAAUAAAGUCAAUUCAAUUCAAUUCAAUUAUGAAGCUGCAACAUAACUUCCUGAGUUUUGAGCUCAGUGCCUCGACUAAUUAGAUUAGAUUAGAUUAGAUUAUGAGGACAUGCAGUCCUCUUUUAUUGUCAUUUAGUAAUGCAUGCAUUAAGAAAUGAUACAAUAUUCCUCUGGUGUGAUAUCACAAAAAUACAGGACAGACCAAGACUGAAAAACUAAUAAAACCACAUAAUUAUAACAUAUAGUUACAACAGUGCAACAAUACCAUAACUUGAUGAAGAACAGUCCAUGGCACAGUAAAAAAGUUCAAAGUUUCUCGAAAGUCCCACAUCUCACGCGGACGGGAGAAGGAACAAAACUCUCCCUGCCAUGCCCGACCACAGUCCGAAUCUGAGUUGUCCGAAAACUUCGAGCUCUGAUCAGCCCUCCAACACCAAGUACCGAGCACCAUCUCUAUCUGAACGUUUCGACCUCAGCCUCGGUUGCCAGCAGCAGGGAAAGCCGGGGAUUUUGGGGCCUACCCUUCGGAGAUUCUCGAUCACACAGUAAAAACAGCAGCGAACCAGGCAUUCCAGAAAUUUCUCCAGAUGUUCCUCUGCUUCUCACGUCUGUCUUGAUCAAAUCAGAAUUGGCCAUGGCCCCUAUUUAAUAGAUACGAUACCAUUUCACCGGAGAGCUGCGCGUGCUGCCAUCUUUUCCUCCCGCAAGCAUUCCAUAUGCCUUCUUAACUACCCUAUUAACCUGUGUAGCCACUUUCAGGGAAGUAAUAAAAUGGAUUCAGCAGUGGCUGGAUGGGAGAUGCCAGAGAGUAGUGGUGGAUAACUGUGUGUCAGAUUGGAGGACGGUGUGUAGCAGUGUGCCUCAGGGAUCUGUACUGGGUCCAAUGUUGUUUGUCAUAUAUAUUAAUGAUCUGGAUGAUGGGGUGGUAAA